GGCUGAUGCAAACACUCUUUCAUCAAUUCAUGAGAUGCUUGGAUUUUGAAUGGGGAAUUGAGACGGAUUUCUUUCUUUUUGCUACAACAUUGUAUACCUGGAUGUUGAGCUAGACUCACUCUGGCAAGGGGUGACGAGGAGCAAACAUCAACAGAGAUCUGGGUAUAGGUGCACGCCUUCUUUAUUAAUUAUCCAAUCAACGAUCAACUGGCGUACACACCUUCAAGGUUGGUGGAAACUGGUACCAGUGUACCUAGACGACACGACCCGGCACACGACGUGGCAUACUUUCAUGUGACGUGCUCAUCAUUCUGAAUCAACACUCUGAAUCCAAUCACAUCUACGAUUGGAACCUCAUUAAUCAUACAAGACUGAUCUCAAACGAGCUCGACGGGCACAUCAUUGUUGUUGGUCGGUCUGCAUGCAUCCGUCGCUUGAUUUUCACAAGAUGCAGCGUUAGUACGUACUUUAGUCAUUGCAUCUUGAUCUGUAGUAUUUCUGGCUGACUACUAGAACUGAACUUCAUGGAACUACAACAAUAAACUUUCAUUUUUCAUCUAUUUGUUCGUGUAAUUACUCUGGGACAAAGUAGGAUCAAGGCUGUGUUUUUAGUUUAAAGUAACAUAACAGCACCAAGUCCAAGUUGAAGAAAUCGUUCGCUGGAAAGCAGGGCUUCCUUCCGAUCUGGUACCAUGGCCACUCAAUCUGAGCUUGCACAGAUUCAACACAUCCUAGGCAAGCGUCGAAACUUGGAUCCAAACCCAUUGGAUCUGAGCUCAAGAAAGAAGUCCAGGGAAUACCUAGAUAGUCAUAAAGAUGUGGAAAAGCGUCGCAGAGACCGCAUCAAUACAUGUCUUGAUACUAUCCGCUCUCUUGUCCCACUGUGCCAUCAGCUACCAAGGCAUAGACGAGUUGACAAGGCUGAUCUUCUAGAUCUAGCCAUCAUCUAUCUGCGCAUGGUCAACCAAUUCCUCGAGAAACUGGGCAUCAAUGACAUCUUUUCCGCAGCACAUCAGCAGCUCUCCCUCUUCACUUCUCUUGAGAAGUGGGUGAGGGAUCACGGAGAAAAGAGCCAGGAUGUUCCAAGCUUUACAAAAGAGAUACUAGCUUUCUUGGAAGGUGAAGUAGAGACGGCCUCUCAUGUAAUCGCCAGCCAGCAGACUGCAGGGAAUGCCACGCCAGGAUCAGAGAAUGGCUUUCAUCAGAACUCAGAUUGGAUGAAGUAUGAGCAAGCUGGACUCGAUGAUGACUCGUCUUGUCCACGAUCAUGCAUGACAUAUUCAGGAUCAGAUGAAGAAAGAUCACAGGGUAGUUACAGAGAAAGUAGGAGUUCCGGAUCAGAGGACUCUGUAGGCAUUGCAUCUCCUUCAAACUUUACUACAGGGACAGACUUUCAAAGAAAGUUUUCUCAGUAUUCCUCUGUGGAAAGACUAGAUGGACCAUUUCCUUCCUCUGGAAAGGACCAAAUGGGAUAUGAGAGGUCAUUAACCGGAAAUAGAUACAACUCAUUGUUGUGCCAGAAUACCCCCAAGGUACAGUGUGUUGACAAGGCAGUCAACACUGAUGCCAGUUCAUCCAACUUCACCUGGCCACCUGACAAUACCUUUACUCUACCUAUCAUUUCUGGUAAGAUUGUCCUUCACACGCCAAAGGGGCUGAAUGGUACCAACAACCUCAAUGCACCUGUUAUGCUGCAUGCAGAGAUUCAUUCGUCUCCUUUCCAGAAUCAGCCACCUGCACUUCAGGAGAAUGACACUCAUCCAAAGCAGAGCAGUGGCGGAAAGAGAUAUCCUGAGAGAAUCUCUGACGCGAAUUCCCUGACAACUGAACCCGUUUGCUUGUCACCACACAGUACUGCAUCCAACGUAGGUGUUAACCUUCCCUCCCAUCAUAUAACCUGUUUCAAUGAUGGGUUACCUAGUCGCUCAUCAGUACGUCCGUCAAGAAAGACACCCCAUGACAUUGCAGCUGUUCCUGUACCCACCAUGGUUCAUCCAGAUCGCUUUUGUCUGCAGCCAGAAAGACUGAGCGCGCCAAUGAAUCUGGAAGAAGUCUACUGCAAUGACGAAGCAGAAAUGAAAAGCUACACUUCACUCAUGCCUUUAAGAAGAUCCUCCGAGGAGAGAGGUGCCUCGUUCCUAACCUCCCAAAGCCAUCAAUCUCCAAACGCCCCCUCGGGUGUGGAUGAUAGUGACAUCGACUACCGGAAUGAACAGAAUGGACCCUAUUUCAAGAGAUAUGUUGACGGUUUAGGUCAGUCACAAGGCAGGAAUGGCAGUGUCAACAACGGAAGCAAUAAAUCAUGUAGUUGCUGCACGAAUACUUCUUCUUCUUUGAAAUUAAAAAGUCUGAUGGUCCACAGGCAUAAAAGCCAACACAAUGAACACAUCAUGUUGAGAUGAGCCUACUUUUCAUGAGGGGGGGGGGGUGUUCUAUUGUAGAAACUCAUUGAACAGGAUAAUUGAAGAAGUGCCAAUGCAGUGCAUUCUUACUUACUUAGUUCUUACUCAUUUCAUU